AUCUCUCUUGAAGAGAGCUGUUAUAUUUGUGCUUGCUAGAGUUGGAAAUAACAGUUAAGAAGCCGAAAAGAGUUGCAUGGAUUUACAGGGGUUUUUUUUCCAAGUCAAUUCAGGGAAACACAUACAUUUGAUUAGUACAUGCUUUAGAAUUAAUUUACAUUAAGGCAAUUCAAAAGAUGUUAAAGUUAUCACCAGGCUGCUGGACAAAUAUAUGUUACAUCACCAAGGUGCAGAUCAAGACGAAUCUUUGAUUCAGGACUUUCUUUUGGAAAGAGCGCAAGGUGUACGAAGACAAAAUAACAAAGGAAGAUAACUCGGGGAACUACAGUGUACCAGAAGAUCAACUCUUGCUAAUACAGCUCCCCACUAAAGACCCGGUUAUCUAAAGUUUAUAUAGGAAUGCCUAGGUCAGCUGACAAAGUUCUGUUCUUCUGCUUCAUAAAUGCAGAAAAAACGAUAACAACAGUGGAAAAUUGGAAAUCUGAAUUUCAGCUUUCUUAGAAAUAACUGCAACCUGACACAUUCCAUAAUAUUUAAACAGGGAGGGGGGAAUCACCGAAAAUGUUGCGUUUAGAGAUGACAUUGACAUGAAAAAUAGGUAAAUUUUAUUUUUCAGCCACUGGGAAAGCAGACCUCAUAGGAGCUCAGAACAAGUAGGAGAAAGAUUUUUGUCUUUUUUUUUUUUUCUUUCAAGGAUGAACCUAACUGUGCUCAAAGCUUUCGUGGGCUUGCUCUGGAAUUGCUGGGUUCUGCUGGGUCACGCACAGGGAGGUUUAGGAGACAACCAUGUCCAUUCAAGUUUUAUUUACAGGAGGCUGCGGAACCAUGAGAGAAGGGAGAUCCAGAGAGAGAUUCUCUCUAUCCUGGGUUUACCUCACAGACCCAGACCGUUUUCACCAGGAAAGCAGGCUUCUUCUGCACCCCUCUUCAUGCUGGACCUGUACAAUGCCAUGACAAAUGAAGAGGAUACUGAGGAGAUGGAGUAUUCACUAAGGGGAUCAUUGGGAGGUGAGAGCAGAGGGAUAAGAAAAGGAUACCCUGCAUCUCCAAAUGGAUAUUCUCGGAGAAUACAGUUGUCUCGCAUGACUCCCAUGACCACACAGAGUCCUCCUUUAGCCAGCCUACAUGAUACCAACUUUCUGAAUGAUGCUGACAUGGUCAUGAGCUUUGUCAAUUUAGUUGAAAGAGACAAGGACUUUUCUCAUCAGCGAAGGCAUUACAAAGAAUUUCGGUUUGACCUGACUCAAAUCCCACAUGGAGAAGCAGUGACAGCAGCUGAAUUCCGGAUUUACAAGGACCGAAGUGGCAGUCGGUUUGAGAAUGAAACCAUUCAGAUUAGCAUAUAUCAGAUCAUCAAGGAAUACCCAAACAGGGAUGCAGACCUGUUCCUGUUAGACACAAGAAAGGCUCAAGCUCUGGAUGUGGGCUGGCUUGUAUUUGAUAUCACUGUGACCAGCAAUCAUUGGGUGAUUAACCCACAGAACAAUUUAGGUUUGCAACUCUGCGCUGAAACUGGAGAUGGUCGCAGUAUCAAUGUUAAAUCAGCUGGUCUGAUAGGAAGACAUGGGCCUCAAUCAAAGCAGCCAUUCAUGGUUGCAUUCUUCAAGGCGAGUGAAGUGCUUUUUCGAUCUGUCCGAGCAGCCAACAAUAAAAAGAAAAAUCAGAAUCGCAACAAAUCUGGUAGCCAUCAAGAUUCUUCCAGGAUGCCCAGUGCUGGGGAUUAUAACACAAGUGAACAAAAACAAGCCUGUAAAAAACAUGAACUGUACGUGAGCUUCCGUGACUUGGGAUGGCAGGAUUGGAUUAUUGCUCCAGAGGGUUAUGCUGCCUUUUAUUGUGAUGGAGAAUGUUCUUUCCCCCUCAAUGCCCACAUGAAUGCUACCAACCAUGCCAUUGUUCAGACUUUGGUUCAUCUGAUGUUUCCUGAUCAUGUACCCAAGCCAUGCUGUGCACCUACAAAACUGAAUGCAAUCUCAGUGCUUUACUUUGAUGACAGUUCUAACGUUAUUUUGAAAAAAUACAGAAAUAUGGUGGUUCGUUCAUGUGGCUGCCACUAGAAUGAAAAAAAAAAUCAAAACCAGAGUUUAUUCAGAAUUAUAAUAAAGUCAGAAUACCAUCCUUGCUGCUGAAAAGCCAGCCCUAAACUUAUUCAAUUUCAUGUCAUCUCUCAUUUAAAUGUACAGUUUAAUGUAUAUAGUAGCUUUUAUUUAUUUAAAGGUAUAUAGUUUCUUUUGUAUGAGCAAAAUUUCAAAACAGUUUAUUUUAUGAGUCACCUUACUUAUGCAGUAGAACUUCCAAAGCAUAUUUUCAAUUGAUCAUGCUGGGAUCUAUUUCAUUCCAUUGCAAUGUUUUAAGGGAAAACCUUUGUGUAGUGUUUUUUUUAAAGUUAGAAACUCCAGAACUCUUGUGACUGUUUUAUAUUGUUAAAGGAAAUUGAAUACAUUUGGUUAAGUUGUGCCAAUGAAAACUAUGGUGGGAUAUUUAUUUAGAAAAGUCACAGAGAAAAAAGAAACCAAAUAGAAUGCUUGACUAAACAUAAUUUUUAUUAUAGAAGUUCUGCUCUAUUAGAUAAAGUGAAAUGUUGAACAGUGUUUGAAUAAACAAAUGGUAGAUAGAACAUAGGAACUGGAAGACUGCAUAUAAUUGUUAUAACUAUUUUCUUUAACAAAAUCAGUGCAACUGGACGAGCAUGUUACUUCUUGGCUUGCAGGCUGUAAUUUUGCAAAAGGCUCAAAGCUUCAGGAGUUCUGUGGAUAGCCUUUAUCUAUAACUUUCCAAGUCAACAGUAGAAAAAGCUGAAGUAUAACCUUCUUACCUCAAAGACAUCAUGUUGACCUAUUAUAUGUAACACAACAGAUAUUUUCUUACUUAACAAUGGCACAAAAUAAAGAAACGUGAGUCACCC